GCAGGAAUACAUCCCCCCCCCCCCUAAUCAGUGUAGUUAUUGAUGACUUGUAAUAAUAAUUAUAAUGUUAAUAAGGUGUGUUUUAUUCAGGCUACACAAGUCGGACGAUGGUUUUAUACCAUGUUAACAUGUCAUAGCAUCAGUUUAACUCAGUUUGAAGAUAUUUUGCACAUAAAUGCACUUGUGAGGAAUCUGGCUAGUGUGUUAUAUAUUUAAGACAUGAUUCAUUUUGGCCUCUUUGAUGAUGUCAAUUAUUAUUGUCCUUCUUUUCUAAACAGCCCUCAUAGAUUCUUACUUUUACAAUAUAUAAAUUUGAAUAAAUAAAUGUAUAUACAUACAUUUAUAUUUAGGGUGUGCUGUGGCUGGAGUCUGUGUGCAGUGUGUUCUGCUGAUGCUCUGUAGCUGCUGCUGCUGCUGCUGCAGUGUGAGUUUGCAGAUCCACGCCAAACCCCUGCGGGAGUCACCUCCACUGCUGGCCUCCCUCUGCCUCUCUUACUACAAAGUUAUUGUGUUAUGGUUAUAAAAUGUUACUUUUUAUCUGUUUCUCAGUUUUUCUUUGUUGUGGAAGAGUAUAAUAUCCAGUUGUGCACACGUGGGGGCAUUGAUAUAAAAUGAUAAGAAAACACAGCAGCAGUAGUGCAUGCAAACUGAUUGUGAUACAGCACUCACACAAACCCAAACUGAGCUGCCUCUGCUGAUCCAAAGGGAUCUCAAACGAGGAACAGUGCCAAACAGGCACACACAGCGCCUACUGAAUUCUCUAACUCAGGUGAGUGAGUUUACUCUGCAUGCCUUAAAGGAGCAUGGACAGUGACUAUUCUUUUUCUCUUGAGACACGUACAAAAGACGGUUCAGCACACAGUCAUUUCUCUGUAUCAGCCAUUCUUUGUCCCUGCAAACACAUGUGUUGUCAGCCCAAUGACACCCAGGGGACACCCGAAGGCCCUUAGCCUGUCCUCCAGCAGAUGAGUAUACAACGAAGGUGCUGAAAUAUUGUUUUUAAAGGUGAAACACAUUACGUUUGAUCAGUCUUUUCCUGAAAUGGCUUCAAAUAACAUAUUAGCUUGGUUGUUACAAAUAUAGCGUUCCAGUGUGUUUUUCUCCACAUCUCACAUGUUCAGAGGAGCUGUUGGCCACGUAGGACAGAAAUAACAUGCAGCACAUCCCUCCCCUCCACUAGCUUUAUGUUUAAUAAAUGAGGAUAAUGGAGCAGGCGAUGCAGAAUUCAGUUGUGAUGUUAUCUGUAUAUCAUGUUCCUCAAAACCUUGUUAUUUGAACCAACAGUAAGCAGUUGAAGUCAACAGAAAAAAAGACAGAUGUAUUCUUUGUGUUAGAAGACCAUGGAGAAAUAUCACAAACAGCGACACAUUUAGGGCUUUCUCUGCAAGAGUGUAUGAAAGAGUGCAGUAGAUUUCAAAAUAGUGUGAAGUAUCUUGGUUGUGGAGCUGUAAAAUGAACCAGAACAGGCCAGUUUAAAGAACUUUAAUGUUAUAGGUGUAUUUAACAAAGUAACCUUUUUACUGAAAGCUGAAAGUCCUUCCAUGUGAAUGGUUUUGGCAGAUGGAUGGCAGAAAACGAGUUGGGAGAUUCCUGCUAUGUAAUGACCUUGUCCUUGAAUGGGAUGGAUGGAGUGAGGUGACGGAAAGAGAUGGAAAAUAGCAGGAUCGAUGCAGAGGGAAAUGUCACAAAACUUGGAACCCAUCCUAUGUGGCAAAAUAGAUGUAUAGAGCCCAAAUGAAAGACAUGUUUCCUGUACAAGCUUGUGUGAACAUGCUUAUGUAGCGUGUGAGAGUGUAUUGUGGAGCAGUUGCUAGGACUUAUACUUACUUAUUUGACCACGGUUUAAUAUUCAGAGCGUUCCGUUAUUUUAGACAAUGAAAGAAAAAAAGAGGAGGGAGGUUAUGAUGAAAACAGACGACGGGGAUUGCAGUCAACAGGAAACAAAAUGAUGUACUAACAGGAGAUGAUAAAGGAUGAAAGAACAGGGCAGGAAUUGGGUGAGAAAAGAGGAAGUCACCUUGGGAGGGACCACUAGAAAAUGGCUGUCCUGGCACUCUCAAGGAUGACUCAGCUGCAAUUCAAUUACAGUCUUGGCUUGAGUUCACUUUGUGCUGAAUACAUUAAGAUGGUGCAAUUUUACGCGUGUCGGUGUGUUUAUUUAAAGGCCUACCAAGCUAUUAACCAAACAGCAAAAACAAAUCACAGUUCAAUGGCUGUACAAACAAAUCCUCAAAUUGAACACAAUUGAACUUCGUCACAGCACCACCUGUUGGACAGUCAGCAGAAUGCUGUUGUAAUGCCCGUAUUUGUCCACAGGCGGCAGCACGGCCCGGUGCACUGCACUGAGCUCCAUAAUGUUUACUUCCGGUUUCCUCUGGCUUUCCUUACACCGGACGAGGGAAAGUUGAAACCAAACAGCACGAAGUUUUCUCGAAACAGCGAUUCAAGGUGUAAUAAAAUGCACCAACCGCUGUCUUUAUUUGAUAAAUGGAUUCAAGAAAACAACGAGUUGGUAAACAAGUGGAAGGAGCAAGAAGGAGGAGGAGAUACAUUGACCCGGGACCAGAACCAGAACCACACACGUCUGAUUUGGUGUUCCUCUGAGUUUCACAAACUUUUAAGGAAAAUCCAAGGUAUCCCUCCUUCUACAGAUCACACACAGUUGGAGCUGACAGUGGUCUACAAUGCCUGUGUGUGCUUGAUUGCUCAGUCUCAGUUCUCAGAAGCUGAGUCGCUCCUCACACAAGCCACACAAAGAGUUUUACAGAUGACAGGAGAUGGUUCUUUUGCUUCAGAUCCUCCUGUUUUUUGGAAAACAGCUCUUAAAUCAGUGGGAAACACAGCUUUGAAUCCCUGUGUCAUGUACCUCUUCUGUCUGCAAUGGGCGAUAUGGCUAGCCACCUGCAAACUGCAAACUAUACAGGAACUCCAAGAUGAGCUGUUGUUUGUCUUUGAGACACUGUCUUCUGGAGUUCGGGAGGAGGAGAGGAGCGUGCCAAGGAGAAAGUCCUCUGACAUUCCUCUACCUGUGAUGGAGCAAAGAAGGCUUAUUAAAUUAAUACACAUAUGCACUUUCAUUGCCCAAGGUGGGCAACAACAAGCAAAGAGUGCAGAACUAUUGAGUGAAGGCCGUAGUUCAGAAGCGCUGUCUGGUCUGCAGAGCGCUUCAUCCCUUCCGGCUCCCAGAACUCUAAUAUCUUACACACACCUCCUCUCGGGCUCUUGCCUUGCCCAUAUGAGCCGUCCUCAGAUGGCCUUGCAGUGUUACAGGAUGGCCCUGGAGACAGACUCCCAGUGUGUGUGCGCUCUGUAUCAGAGCAUGCUUAUUUACCGACAACUUGGCAACACACAGGCGGAGAUUCAAGCUCUUCGUUUGCUGCACUCUACUUUAAUGUUGCCCUCUGCCACAGAGGCUUCCCCGGCUAGUAGUGACCUCCUCCCCUCGUCCUUACUGCUCCAAACCCUAUCACUGAGCAGGCUGCUCUCAGUUCCCUCAGCUCUCUCUGUCCUUCACAGUCUGGCCCUAAAGUGUGUGCUGCAUGAGAGGGUUUCAGAUGGUGUGGAAUAUUAUUUGGACUUACUGGCUGCUCUUCACUCAGAAGAUCAACCUGGAGUGCAUGCUGAGGGCCCUUCCCUCCCAAAGUUGCCUGAACUUUACCUGCAGGCUGGCGCUGCCUUGCUCAUGGCCCGGCGACCCGCUGAUUGCAUGGCGCUGUGUGAUGAAGUCAUUACAACAACACUAGAGCUGCUGCCAGGGAAGGUGGUGUUGAAAGAGCCGGAGGAGUGUGAGGCUGAAACCAGGGCUGUGUGUGCAGAGGUUGAAGAUAGGGUGGGGAUGCUUCUCUGGGUGGGGGCUGCCUACCUCCUCCAGGGUCACUGCUACACUCACCUGAGGGACUGGAAACAAGCUGUGACAACCUACACAAGGUGUCUCAACCUGCUGGUGAAGGUGCGUUUUAAAAAGAGGGGAUUCCAACCACAGAUUCCCAGUGCAGACAUGGUGGGCAUGCAGGGAACAGAUCUGUGCAUCCUCCAGAGGUUAAAAGGGCUUUCACUAGCUGGGAGAGGCAUCAGCUUCACCCAGACAGACCAACUGAGAGAGGCACUGAGAGACCUGCAGCUCAGCAUCCAGGCAUUCCCAGAGGGUACAGGUGCAGGGCUGUGGUGUGGUGAGGUGCUGUGGAGGCUUGGCAGGAAGCGGGAGGCAGUAGCUUGUUGGGAAAAGACCUGGAGCGUUACCCCACACUUCUCAGUACAGAGUCUAUCGGUGUACCUACAGGAACCUCAGUCCGGCCCUCUUUUGGAUUCUACAGAGCUGCACCGCCGAAUAGAGGAAUUAACUUCUACCUAGUCAGGCUAGAGAGACAAAGAAGAAUACCCUAUAACUUACUAAACAGGAUCAACUCUCUCUGGCUUGGGAACUGAAACUCAUACACACAUCAAACAUGUAUCUAUUGUGACCGUUAAAAAAACAUCCUGAAAGGCCUCAAGUGUUUGACACUGAUACCUGAGUGGUGGUGACAAACCUACCAGGUGUUUUAUGCAUUAAAUAAAGAUGACUUGAUAUGUUGUAAUUUUGAAACAGAGAUUCUGGCUUGCUGGAGAUUAAUUAUGUAUUUUGGCCAUUCAAGAUUUAUCAAGACUAUAAUAAGUUAUGUUUUUCAAGAAAAUGACAUGUAGUAUAAAUUGUGAUACUGUUCUACAAUAUCUAUUUAUAUCGUUUUAUGGAAUGAUCACCCUAAUAUAACGGCCAAAUAAA